AUGACUGAAAUAACCGAUGCAAACUUGGAAGAUAAUGAAUAUGGCAUAAUUGGAUGCAAAAUGCAUAACUGCUUGCAAGAUUUGAUGCGACUGGCUGGCAAUGACCUUUCUUUCAUCCAUCCGAAGGCCUUGUCUGGGUUGAAAGAACUCAAAGUUCUAACCCUACAGAACAAUCAGCUGAAGACUAUACCUAACGAGGCCAUCAGAGGAUUAAGCGGUUUACAGUCCUUGCGUUUAGAUGCUAACCAUAUAACUGCCAUACCAGAAGACAGUUUUGAGGGUCUGGUGCAGUUGCGUCACCUUUGGUUGGAUGACAACAGCUUGACAGAAGUUCCCAUCUAUCCGCUCAGCAAUCUCCCUUCUCUGCAGGCAUUAACGCUGGCUCUUAACAAAAUAACACACAUUCCUGACUAUGCAUUUACAAACCUUUCAAGUCUUGUUGUUCUACAUCUUCAUAACAAUAAAAUAAAAACUAUAGGAAAACACUGCUUUGAUGGAUUAGACAACCUUGAAACCUUGGAUUUGAACUAUAAUAACAUGGUAGAGUUCCCUGAAGCCAUAAAAGCACUCCCAAGUCUAAAAGAGUUGGGAUUUCACAGUAACUACAUUUCCAUAAUUCCUGAUGGUGCAUUUGCAGGAAACCCCCUUCUAAGAACGAUACAUUUGUAUGAUAAUCCUUUGUCUUUUGUGGGGAACUCAGCAUUUCAGAAUCUGUCAGAUCUGCAUUCUCUGGUCAUUCGGGGUGCCAGCAUGGUGCAGUGGUUUCCUAAUUUGACAGGAACCGUUAAUCUGGAGAGUUUAACUCUAACAGGGACCAAGAUAAACAGUAUUCCUGUUAAUUUAUGUCAAGAGCAAAAGGUUCUACGAACUUUGGACUUGUCUUAUAACAAUAUAAAGGAUCUCCCGAGUUUUAAGGGCUGCCAGUCCUUGGAAGAAAUUUCCUUACAGCAUAAUCAAAUCCAUGAAAUCACAGAGGAUACCUUUCAAGGACUGUCCUCCCUUCGUAUCCUCGAUCUCAGUAGAAAUCGGAUCCAUCAGAUCCACAAGGAAGCUUUCAGCACUCUUGGAGCUGUUGUUAACCUAGACCUAAGUUUCAACGAACUCACUUCAGUUCCAACUGAAGGAUUGAGUGGACUGAACCAGCUUAAACUUGCAGGCAAUUCUGAGUUGAAAGAAGCUUUGGCAGCAAAGAACUUUGCAAAGCUCCGGUCACUCUCUGUACCAUAUGCUUACCAGUGCUGUGCGUUUUGGGGUUGUGAUUCUUAUUUAAACUCUAAUGCUGAAGACUCCAGUCACCAAGACCAAGGCGCCGUGAUGGAGCGUGAGAAGGCUGAUGCAGAUGUUCUAAGAAAUGAGGAAAAUGAGGAACUAGGACAGACUAUUAUUCACUGUACACCAGCAACAGGUGCUUUUAAGCCUUGUGAAUAUUUAUUGGGCAGCUGGAUGAUUCGACUUACUGUCUGGUUUAUUUUUUUGGUUGCUUUGUUCUUCAACCUGCUUGUCAUGUUAACAAUAUUUGCAUCCUGUACUCCAUUGCCAUCUUCCAAACUGUUUAUAGGUCUGAUUUCUGUCUCUAACUUAUUUAUGGGAGUCUAUACUGGUAUUUUAACUUUCUUGGAUGCUGUCUCUUGGGGAAGAUUUGCUGAAUUUGGCAUAUGGUGGGAGACUGGCAGUGGUUGCAGAGUUGCUGGGUUUCUUGCAGUCUUUUCGUCAGAAAGUGCCAUUUUUUUCCUGAUGUUGGCAGCUGUUGAACGGAGCUUCUCUGCGAAGGAGAUCAUUAAAAAGGGGAAAAGUAAUCGCCAAAAACAAUUUCAAAUUGCGGCAGUUUUUGCUUUCCUGUGUGCUGUGGUAGCGGGAUGCUUACCACUUUUUUAUAAAGCGGAGUACUCGGCAUCACCCCUUUGCUUGCCCUUCCCCACUGGAGAAACACCUUCGUUAGGUUUCACGGUAACUUUAGUGCUCCUGAAUUCCUUAGCAUUUUUGCUAAUGGCUAUUAUCUACACUAAACUGUAUUGCAACUUGGAAAAAGAGGACCUCUCCGAAAACUCGCAGUCCAGCAUGAUUAAGCAUGUCGCUUGGCUAAUCUUCACGAAUUGCAUCUUUUUCUGCCCUGUUGCGUUUUUCUCGUUUGCACCGUUGAUCACUGCGAUUUCUAUCAGCCCUGAAAUCAUGAAGUCUGUUACUUUGAUAUUUUUCCCGUUACCUGCUUGCCUGAAUCCAGUUCUGUACGUAUUCUUCAACCCGAAGUUCAAGGAGGACUGGAAGCUGCUCAGGCGCCACAUGACCAGGAAGAACGGAGCGGUCGCAAUCGCCGUCAACAGCCAAGGGGGCUGCGUGGCGCAGGAUUUUUACUACGACUGUGGCGUGUACACCCAUUUGCAGGGUAACAUCGCCGUGUGUGAAUGUUGCGAAUCGCUCCUUCUAUCCAAGCCCAUGCCCUGUAAACAUUUAAUAAAAUCCCACAGCUGCCCCACGCUGGCAGUGGUGCCUUGCCAAAGGCCGGAUGGCUACUGGUCGGACUGCGGCACCCAGUCAGCCCACUCCGACUACGCGGACGAGGACGACUCCUUCGUGUCGGACAGCUCAGACCAAGUGCAGGCCUGCGGCCGUGCGUGUUUCUACCAAAGCCGAGGAUUCCCUUUGGUUCGUUAUGCCUACAACAUACCGAGAAUUAAAGACUGAACAGGCUUUUUGCCAUCAGCUGUUUAAUAAAGAGGUAUCAUGCUUCGUAGACUGUUGCCUGUUGUGACCUUUCGAGCAGGAAGCACUUUUGUAAUCAUCGUUUAGUGUCAUUUGUAAAGAAGGGAAGCGGGCAGUAACUUCUUGAGCCAUACAUUUAAAAAUAAUUAAACAAAUAAAUCAAUUGCCCUGACUGUAAAUAAUUGGUAAACCAAAUUUGUUACCCAAUAUUUUUGCUCUUUCCACGCAAUAGUGGUUUCUUUUAUACAGUUUUUUACAUGCUAAUGGUGUGUUUCCACGUUGUACUCCAGUUGUACUUUGCAUCUGCUGUUGGCAAGGUAAGUUCUGUUGAUUUUUUUUUUCUUUUUUUUUUCCUGCCAAAGCACAAUAUAAAGGACAGCUGUUUAAUAAUAAAGAAAUUAUUUUUAAAUGUGACUUUUCUAUAAUUAAGCAAAAAACUCUCUUGCUAGCUUUGUGUAGUGUAUUCAGCAUUGAAUCUCAGGAUGAAUUUUACUGCAGGGCCAAAAAAAGGGAUUAAUUUUCCCAUACAUAACUGUGACAGCAAUAUAGGCAUACCAUGUUUGUUUUGUAUUUCAAGCCA